CUUUCUGUACAAAAACAAUCCGCAGCUGCUGCGUAUCAGAUUUUUUCGUUCUCUCGAAUAAAGCGAACAAUAAUCUCGGGAAAGUGCAAAAGUUUCACCAAUUUUCGUUAGAUAAUCGCGGAAGAUUAGCUUCGGUUGGGAUUGCUUCCUAUUUUGUGCGUUGAUCUAGCAGAAAGAACUAUGUGUCGUCCUUGAUGUGUCAGCCAGUGCAGUGUGACAGUGUGAAAAACAGUCGCCAUUUAUCGCAGCUAAAAUCUUUCCUACCUGGGACUGCGCCCCGACGGAGGAGCUGCCGAUAUGGACAUCGUCGGGCUGGUCAAGCGGUCGUACUCCGAUUACGGAACUAUCCUGAAGGACUCGUGGUAUACGAUAAUCGCAGAAGAGCUUAGAGAAAAUUUUGCCUGGUCAUUGAGCUUACUUUUGCUCUUUAUUGCCACGAUUUUUGGCCUGUACUGCUGGAGACGCAUCUACUUGAAAAAACUGCGCGACAAGGCCGCCCAGCUGCUGUUCCAGAACUAUGACUCGUCCCAGCUGCGCUUUCGCAAGCGCGACAAGAUGAUGUUUUACGGCCGGCGGAUGCUGCGCAAGAUGAAGUCCAUCUCGGGCCAGGCGUACGGCGGGCAGGGCCGCAAGCGGAAGGCCGUGAUGCGGUUCGCAAAGCGGCUGCUACACAUGCGCCGCGACAACGACCCGAUCCAGUUGCAGGUUGUGGAACCGCCGGCCGAGUAUCUGGAGGAAGCGGCCGAGGGCAACGACAAGGUUCCACCGGAUGCGCUGUACAUGCUGCAGAGCAUACGCAUUUUUGGUCACUUUGAGAAGCCGGUUUUCUUGAAGAUUUGCAAGCACACCGAGAUUAUAAAUUUAAUUGCGGGUGAGUCGCUGAUCAAGGUUGGUGACGCGGAUGAUAGCGUGUUUAUCGUGCAGUCAGGACAGAUCAAUGUGUUUCUGAAUAAUCCAGACGGAAGUUCGAUUGCGUUGAAGGUGGUUCGUAAGGGUGAGUCGGUGACGUCGUUGUUGAGCUUUAUCGAUGUGCUUGUGGGCAAUACUAGUCAGUACAAAACGGUGACCGCAAGGGCCAUGGAGAACUCGCAGGUCAUCCGGUUGCCCAUGUUCGCCUUCAAGGAGGUGUUUGACGAAAGUCCGGACCUGUUGGUUCGGGUGAUUCAGGUCAUCAUGAUUCGAUUGCAGCGGGUCACGAUCACAGCGCUGCACAAUUAUCUUGGACUGAGCACGGAGUACAUUCAGUGUUCCUCACAACGCAAGAAGGUUUCCGUUCCGAUGAAGAACAGUCCCGGCCAUCGGCGCGUUCCUUCGGACGUCCAGAUUCAGCCGUCGCAUUCGUUGGUUGGCCAGCUGAGCAGUGCCAGCGAGAUCCGGCCGGACAUGUUGGCCGAUUUGGCCGAUCACAUUGCCAGCCGGCGGACGUCGGCCCUGCCGAGUGAACCGAUGGAGGAAGCGCUGAUGAAGUCUAUCGCCAUUGAGGGGUUCCUCAAGGAGCUGGGUCUGCGGGAGGAAGACCGGCCUUUUAUCGAGGACAACAUUGUGCUUAAGGAGAUUGCACCGGGGACAACGCUUACGCACCAGGCCAGAAGUGAUGACGUCAUGCUGAUAUUCGUCAUCAGUGGCGGAUUGACACUUGCCCAGUAUCCGCAAAUCAAUCCCGGGUGCAACAAAAAGUUGGACAAGUCCGAUAGUCACACAGUUACCAUCCAUCCGGGUGAUGUCGUUGGAGGAUUGGCCGUUUUGACGGGCGAAAGCAGUUUGUACACGAUCAAAGCCAAGCACUAUUCGCGGGUGGGACUGCUAAGCAAGGAAGUGAUCUACAGCAUAAUGCGGGAACGCCCAGCCGUAGUGCUGGAUAUUGCCGAUAGCGUCGUGAAGCGUUUGUCGCCUCUGGUUCGGCAGUGUGAUUUUGCACUGGAUUGGAACUUUUUGGAGUCUGGUCGGGCGGUUUAUCGCCAGGAUGAGACCAGCGAUUGCACGUACAUCGUGCUGAAUGGCCGUCUUCGGUCAGUCAUCACUCACACGAACGGCAAGAAGGAGAUUGUAGGCGAAUACGGCAAAGGAGACUUAAUUGGAAUCGUCGAAAUGAUCACGGAGACGUCCCGCACCACAACCGUGAUGGCCGUCAGAGAUUCCGAGCUGGCAAAGCUGCCGGAAGGUCUGUUCAACGCGAUCAAAUUCAAGUAUCCAAUCGUAGUGACUCAGCUGAUCAGUUUACUUAGCCAUCGCAUCCUGGGAUCGAUGCAGUCUCGAUCAAUUACCGGGAGCGCGUUGACGACAGUUCCGUUCGAUACGAAUCAGCAAAUUUUGCAUCGUUACUCUACGGUUGCGAUCGUCGGCAUCAGCGAGGACGUGCCGCUGACCGCGUUCACAUACGAGCUAUACCACUCUCUCUGUGCCAUCGGUUCAACGCUGAGGUUGACCUCGGAGGUGGUGCGCAAAACCCUUGGUCCCCAGAUCAUGGAACAAUCCAACGAAUAUCGGUUGACCAGCUGGCUUGGCCAGCAGGAGGAUCGGCACAACAUUGCGCUGUAUCAGUGCGAUCUCACGUUUGGUCCGUGGACGCAGCGUUGCCUGAGGCAGGCUGACGUAAUUCUGAUCGUCGGUGUCGGUGAUCGUCCGCCAACGAUCGGUAAGCUCGAGAAGGAGAUUGACCGGCUGGCGAUCAGGACGGCCAAAGAGUUGGUCCUGUUGCACCACGAGGGCGCUGCCCGACCGAGCAACACGACCAGUUGGCUCAACAUGCGGGCCUGGGUGACGCGGCAUCAUCACAUCCAAUGUCCUAAGCGCAUGUUUACGCGACGUAGUCAGUACCGCAUUAACGACUUGUACAGCAAGGUGCUCAUGUCAGAACCGAACAUCCACUCGGACUUUUCGCGACUGGCCCGAUGGUUGACGGGAAAUUCGGUUGGGUUGGUGCUUGGCGGAGGUGGCGCACGAGGAGCGGCCCACGUGGGUAUGUUCCGCGCGAUUCAGGAAGCCGGAAUUCCGAUCGACAUGGUGGGCGGCGUCAGCAUCGGUGCAUUUAUGGGUGCCCUCUGGUGUUCGGAGAAAAACAUCACUACGGUCACGCAAAAGGCCAGGGAGUGGUGCAAGAAAAUGACCCAGUGGGGUCGUCAGCUGCUGGACCUGACCUAUCCCAUCACGUCAAUGUUCUCCGGCAGAGAUUUCAACCAAACCAUCCACGGGACCUUCGGGGACGUUUGCAUCGAGGACCUGUGGAUUCCGUACUUUACGCUUACCACCGACAUUUCAGCUAGCUGCGCGCGGACGCACACUCACGGGACACUGUGGCGUUAUGUUCGUGCUAGUAUGUCCGUAGCAGGAAUAUUCCCUCCUAUCUGUGAUAAUAGAGAUGGUCAUCUACUGUUAGAUGGUUGUUACACUAAUAACGUUCCAGCGGAUGUGAUGCGUGGCCAGGGUGCAGCCCACAUAAUUGCGAUCGACGUUGGCUCGCAAGACGACACCGACCUGACGGACUACGGCGACGACCUGUCCGGCUGGUGGCUGCUGUACAAACGCUGGAACCCGUUCACGUCACCCGUCAAGGUGCCCAACCUGCCCGACAUUCAGUCCCGGCUUGCGUACGUUUCCUGCGUCCGGCAGUUGGAGGAAGUGAAGAAAAGCGAUUACUGCGAGUACAUCCGGCCACCGAUCGAUACCUACAAGACGCUGGCGUUUGGAAGUUUCGACGAGAUCAAAAACGUUGGCUUCGAGCACGGAAAGGCCUUCUUCGAAAACAUGGCCAAAUGUGGGCGCCUGUCGCGAUUCAACCAGUGGAGCGUCAAGGACGUUCCCCAGAAGGUGACGCACUCUCUGAACGAAUACUCCUUCAUCGAUUUGGCCCAAAUUGUGUGCAAAGUGCCGGAGACGUACCCGGAGCGGGGUUACUCGUCCAGCGAGGACGACUACUACGACGGUUACGCGUCCGAACCGUCCACCAUCCCGAUGAACAAGGGCUCGUCGAUGCGUAUCAUGCGGGCCGCCGGUUCGCUGUCGCUGUCCGAGAACGAGAUGGACUCGGACGAGCUCGAAUAUCCGGUGGCGUUCAAAAAACUUCAGAGUCCAACGCCCACGUCCGAGCGAAACAUCAGCAACAAUAGCAGCAGCAUUCCGCUGACACCGGAGCGGUCGUUCAAAGAUUGAAAAGUUGGGAUGGCAAUCUCCUCAGUGAUUCGUUUUACAAAUCAUUUUCGAUUAGAAUAUUUUUACCACACCAAAUCACGGUAGCUUAGAAACAGCAGUUUACGACAAUAGAUUCAUGGUUCGCACAGCUCCUUUCAAAUGUGUACGCUUCAUGAAACAGUGUAAAUAAAAACUUAUUUUCCCUAAAAAAAA